AUGCAGCAAGCUAGCUUAUCCUCCUGGGACGCAGCUCACAACCAUGGCGACAUUCAAGUCCCAGGCCAGACCAGGGCAGCAGCUCCGCCCACGAGCUUGCUCGGGCUACGAGUCCAGCACCAAGUGCGAAAAGUCCUCAGGCAAGGAAGUCGCACAGGACAGCAGCGACGCGUCCAUCUCCAAGGGCUCGGGCCCGACGGCUCGCUGGAGGGCUCGAGCAGCCCGACGUCAAGCUUCCCGUCCAAGUCGAAGACGUCGUCGGACGCGGACCGGUCGGAGCAGCACGGCUCGCAGGAGCAGCCGCCGGGGGCGUCCAUGAGGGAUCUGCAGGAGGCGCUGGGGCAGAAGGGGGGGGGAGGGGGCAGCAGCGAGGACAGGAAGUCGAGCGACAGCGAGGAGCCCAAGGACCCUUUCUCCGACUCGGGGUCGAGCGCGAGCUGUCCGUCGGCGUCCUCGGCGGGGGAGAAGAGCAGAGCGCUGGAGCAGCAGGAGGAUGAAGAUGAGGGGAGGGAUGCGAUGUCAGAUGAGACAGAAGACACGUGGCCUGGGGAGAGGAAGCACGGACGCGAGAGCACGUCCAAGACGUCCAGCGGGGGGGAAGUCAGGGCGGUGAUUGACCGCCGAACAGCAGGGGAGAUAGCAUCGCUGCUGCACCAGAUGAUGGAGCAGCAGGAGCAGAUCAUGGCGCAGCAGCGGCAGAUCCUAGAGAGGGGUAUCCAGCCCGGAGUGGAAGGAAUGAUUGGAGCGGUGCUCAUGACUUUUUGCGAGCUGAUUGCCAAGAUGGAGGCAUGGGGCGAAGGGCUGGAGUUGGUGGAGGAAGCAGAAGCAGAAGCAGGCUGA